AUGAUAACUCCUAACUUAAAGAAAAUUGUAAUAACUAAGUUUUAGGAUAGACUAUAUGCUGUUGGCGGGACUUGUCCUCAUUAGGGGGCAUCAUUAAGUUCUGGCAUGAUUUUUCAAGAUAAAAUUAUCUGUCCUUGGCACGGAGCUACAUUUGACAUUAAAAGUGGAGCUCUUGAAUAAUAUCCCAGUGUAGAUGGGAUCCCAUCUUUCGAAAUAGUCACAAAAAAUGACAAGCACUAUGCGAAAAUCCCAUCAAACUUUAGUGAUAGGAAGAUUCCAACAUUUGUAAAGCGAGACGUAACUAAUAAUGAAAGAUACGUCAUCAUAGGAGGAGGCCCAGCAGGAUUGAGCUGUGCAGAAACUCUUAGAUAAUCUGGAUUUACAGGAGAGAUUAUGAUUGUAUCUGCAGAGGAUGUACUAACUUAUGAUAGAACCCAGCUCACUAAAAACCUUACAAGGCUUGAUGUGAAUGAUAUAUUUAUUAGAACUUAAGAGUAUCUUGAUAAGGCAGAUAUAAAUUUUAAGCUUGGACUAAAAGUAAAUAAACUUGAUAUUGGUGAGAAAACUAUAUAUCUAAGCAAUUAAGAAGCAAUAAAAUAUGACAAGAUAUGUAUUGCGACUGGAGCCAAUCCAUUCAAACCACCUAUUCCUGGAAUAAAUUUAGAAAAUGUUUUAGUCCUCAGAACUAACAAAGAUUAAGAGGAAAUUAAGAAAAGAUUAGCAUCUGGAUAAAUUAAAAACUUAGUUAUAAUGGGCACAGGUUUUAUUGGUUCCGAAGCGGCUGCUUCAUUAAAAACAAAAUAUGAAGAUGAAAUGAAUAUAGAGGUUAUUAGUAUGGAGAGUGUUCCAUUAGAGAGAUAAUUUGGAAAAGUAGUCGGCCAAGUGAUUUAUGACCAACAUAUUAAGCAUGAUGUCAAAAUGCAUAUGAAUAGAAAAGUAGUCAACAUUGAAGGAGAUGGUAAGAAUGCGAAUUAAAUUGUCUUAGACGAUGGAACUAUUAUUGAUUGUGAUUUGAUAUUGAUAGGUGCUGGAGUUUUUCCUUCAACUAACUUUUUAAAGGAUACUGAAGUCAAAAUGGAUAGAUUCGGAGGAAUUAUCUGUGAUCCAUUCCUUGAAAGCUCGGUCAAAGGUGUUUAUUCUGCAGGAGAUGCUGCCAGUUUUCCAUAUUGGCCGACAGGCUAAAGAGUUAGAAUGGAACAUUGGGGAACAGCAUAAGAUCAAGGUUCUCAUGCAGCUUUUAAUAUGUUAAAUAAAAGUGUUCCUUAUGGGAAUAUUCCUUUCUUAUGGACAUUUCACUAUGGCCAUUAUAUUUAAUAUGUGGGAUAUGCUUUUGAGUUUGACGAAGUUUACGUCUAGGGAAAUCUUGAGGAUUAAGAUUUCCUAGCAUAUUACAUAAAGGAUGAUAGAAUUUUAGCAGUUGCUGGUGAGUCAAGGCCAUUAGAAAUUGUGACCUAUUUGGAAGCAAUGCAGUAAAAUAUUAUGCCUUCUGCUUCAGAUAUUAAAUCAGGAAAGGAGACUGUAGAAACUAUCAGAAAGAAGCUCUAGGCUAUACCAGGCAGUAGAUGCUCAAGAGAAUCUUGUUGCAACAAGUAACCAUCAACACUUUGA